AUGGCACCACCAAAGCUCUUCCGAGUCAUUCUUCUGUUGCUCCUUUCCGACGUAAUUGUGUCGCGGUCCAUCGUCAAGACUCUCCCUGGCUAUUCCAAUGACCUCCCGUUUCAACUCGAAACUGGUUACGUUGGUGUAGGAGAAAAGGACGACGUGCAGUUAUUCUACUACUUCGUCGAAUCUGAAAGGAGUCCAAAAGAUGAUCCUCUCAUACUUUGGCUCGCCGGCGGCCCUGGUUGUUCUGCUCUUCGUGCCUUCUUCUACGAAAUCGAUUUGUACAUAGAAGGUGAAGAAGAGGAUGAGGUAAUUGUCUUCAAGCCAUCUUUGAAUGAAAAGCAUGCGGAUAGGAUUGCUUCAAAUUUGACUUUUGAAUUUCGUGCAUCUGGUGUUAAUACCUCCAAAGUAGAUUUGGGAAAUGAAGGUGGAACUUUUUCCUCCUCACGUGAUGGUUUGGGUACUGUUAUGCCUGGAUAUAAACUUUAGGUGGGCUUGAUGGCGUUGGCAUAUAGGGUAUAGUAGUGGUGUUAGGUGUGGGACCAUGACCUCCACUGUGAGGAAGAAGACCAGGUUGCCACUGGGAAGUAAAGCAAUGAGCUAAUCUUUGAUUCCCAUCACUUAUCGGGGAA